AACAUUUACAUGCCAGUACACAAAUACACCAACCUUUUCUAUCUUCCCAAGAUUUCCUUGCAACAUCUAUUUCAUCUCAAACAUCACACUUUCACCAAACCCUAACUCUCUCACCAAUCUCUCUCUCAUCACAUAUAUGGAAACAUCUAUCUAAACAUCAAUCCAAAACACCUUGUAUUUACUACUACAACAUCACUUUAUCUCAUAUCUUCUUCUUCCCCCAAAGAAAGCUACCUGCUUGUGUAUGUAAGUCUGCUUUCUGAUCAUCUGUUUCUUUCUUUUUAUAUGUUAUAAUAGAUUGUUUAUCAAGAAAGAAGCCUACAAGUUUCAGAGAACAGAAAGAAACCCUAAAAAGAGGAAACAUCAUGUCCAAGAUCUUCUAUUGAUAAGAACCCAAAUCAGGAAAACCCUAGAUCAUAUCAAAUUCAAGAAAACUCAUCUUUUAUUUCUUAAAAAAUGGAUCUUUACCCAGAAAUGGAAAGCUGUAACAACUCAGAAAACAGUCAUCAUAAUAUAAGCAGUUUAGUCACCGGAGCAGCCAUCUCCUCCUCCACUUCACCAUCAAUCACCUCCACCCCUAGCCGCUACGAAAACCAGAAGCGUAGAGACUGGAACACCUUCAGCCAGUACCUCAAGAACCAUCGCCCACCGCUGUCCCUAUCCCGGUGCAGCGGUGCGCACGUUCUUGAGUUCCUCCGCUAUCUGGACCAAUUUGGAAAGACUAAAGUCCAUACACCUAUAUGCCCAUUUUACGGGUAUCCGAAUCCACCUGCCCCAUGUCCUUGUCCUUUGCGACAGGCAUGGGGCAGUCUGGAUGCCCUGAUAGGACGCCUUAGGGCGGCCUACGAAGAAAACGGGUGGCCUCCAGAGACGAACCCUUUUGGGGCUCGGGCUGUGAGGCUUUACCUUCGAGAGGUUCGUGAUCUACAAUCGAAAGCUAGAGGUAUCAGCUAUGAGAAAAAGAAACGAAAGAGAGGUCCAGCACAAGAACAUCAACAGUUCUCUCCAAACUUUUCACCAUUCCAAGCUCUCCCUCUUCCACCUGGUGAUCAUAUCUAAGCUACGAAAAGACGGUUCUACAAGUAUCGGAUAUUAAAGUUUACCAGGUUACCGUCUCCUGCAUCCAAAAAAAAAAAGUAUCAAGUUUUGGAUCUUGGUAUCUUGAUCUAAGUUUCUUUGGUUUUAAGUUUGAUGUUUAUGGGAUUAUCAAAAUAUUAUCAAGAUGACCUGCCUAUUGUUGUUGCCCUAGCUAGCUAGGGCUAGUUUUUAAAUUUGUAUGUUGUGUAACCUAGUGUUGCUAUGCAAAUGUGAACAAUUUGGGAUUGUAAUUU